UUUUGCCGUUGUUUUCGAAGAUAACAGCGAACGCUCCGCGUCGGAUAACCGCUCCAUACCUCAGAUCUACAUUAUGACAAUGUCCCAUCUCUACAGAGCAACUCUGCGGAGUUGCAGCUGGUCAUCUAUGUCCGCACGAAGACGGGCGUUCUCAACCACCGCCCCACGGCAGAUAAUGGAGACCACAGGGUUUACGGAGAACCAAUUGAUGGUUCGAGAAGCAAUCAGUCAAGUUUGCGCAAAGUUUCCCAACACUUACUGGCAGGAGCAUGAUCAGGAGGGAACUGACCCUAAAGACUUUCAUGCCGCCCUCGCAGCCGAUGGAUGGCUUGGGGUUGCGCUCCCUGAGGCUUAUGGAGGGUCUGGUCUGGGAAUCUCAGAAGCUACCAUUAUGAUGCAGACGAUAGCCGAAUCGGGAGCAGGGAUGGCCGGAGCUCAAGCGAUACAUGCAAACGUGUACGCGACCCAGCCGUUGGCCAAAUUUGGAACCAAGGAGCAGCUCGAAGAGACGAUACCAAAGAUCAUCUCAGGCGAAUGGCGAACAUGUUUCGGCGUCACAGAACCCGAUGCUGGCCUCAACACCCUUGCACUCACGACAUCAGCGACCAAAGUUGACAACAACACGUAUUCGAUCACCGGCCAGAAGAUCUGGAUCACCUGCGCGCAGGUCGCAUCGAAGAUGAUCCUUCUUGCGCGCACAAAGGCCGCCGAGGAGGCACCAAAGCCAAGUCAAGCACUUUCCCUGUUUUGCAUCGAUGUCGACAAGAGCAACUCUGGCCUCGACAUCAAGAAGAUCAAGAAGAUGGGAGGCUGUGCAGUUGAUGCGAACGAAGUGUUCUUUGAUGAUUACCGUGUACCUGCCAGUACCCUGAUCGGCAAGGAAGGGCAAGGCUUCAAGAUCAUCCUGGACGGCAUGAACGCUGAGAGAUGCUUGCUUGCAGGCGAAGCGCUAGGACUGGGUUAUGCAGCGCUGGCAAAGGCUGCUGGGUACGCACGGGAGCGCAAGGUGUUUAACAGGCCCAUCGGCAUGAAUCAGGCCAUUGCGCACCCGCUCGCCGAUGCGUAUAUGAACCUCGAGGCAGCCAAGUUAGCGACUUACCAUGCUGCUCGCUUGUAUGAUGCGAGCACAACAGACUUGUCCAUUCGCCAGGACGCUGUGGGCAUUGCAGCAAAUAGUGCCAAGUAUUUGGCAGCAGAAGCGGCUUUCAAAGCGUGCGAGAGGGCGAUUCUAAGUCACGGUGGCAUGGGAUAUGCAGCUGAGUAUGACGUGGAGCGCUGGUUUAGGGAAUGCAUGGUGCCACGCAUUGCUCCUGUCAGUCGAGAGAUGAUCCUGAACUAUGUCAGCGAGAAGGUGUUACAAUUGCCACGAAGCUAUUGAGGCGUAGGUGCAAAGAAGGAAUGUGCACAUCGCUCAGACAUGGUAGAUGCCGAUUCUUUGAACUCCGCAAGCUUGCACGGUUAGGUGGCACAAAAAACCAAGUCAAGAUUAAACGUAAGGCUUGUAGGUAAGGAUACCUACAAGCAAGUGGGUAUUGAGCCUAAGGCUCACUCACUAGCAUCCCAAACCUUCUCUCCCUCGAAAUACGUUCGCAGUACCUUUGCGCCUUCGAAAUCACCUUUGCUGAGAUCUUGACUUAAGAGGAUGAAGUUUGCAAUUUUUCCGGCUUCAAUACUGCCAAGCUCUUUCUCUCGAUUCACAGCCAUAGCCCCGUUCAAAGUCAUCAUUCGGCACAAAGCUUCUCCACCGGCCACUCUAUCUCCACGUCC